AACACUGCCUACCAAAAAAAUCACCAAAAAAUUUCGUCAAUCAUGCUAAAUGUUAUUUUCUAAUUUUUAACCUAACUAUAAUUUAAUUAAAUCAAGUUCCAAACGAAACUAUUGUGAUAAUUUAAAGUAAUGAAAAGAGUUUAACUCUGAAAAAUAUUCAACAAUGUCUACUUAUAGAAUAGUGGCGGUGUCUAGGUUAAUUUUACAGAGCAAUCGUUACUGCGCUGCUUUUGGUGGGAGCCUUAACCAAUUUCAGCAAGUAAACAACUUUAAAUAUAACAUAUUCCACACAAUUCAACGCACAAAGCAUACACAAACAAUAAAAAAAGAAAGAGAGAAGCUAAGAACUUACUUAACAAAAAGAUACAUUGACUAUGUAAAAAAUUACACUCGAGUAUUUGAGAAGAGAUUCCCAUCUGCCAUGCGAAUGUAUAGAAUCUUCAGUAUAGGCAUAAAAGAUUUUUUAAAGGACUUGAAAACCUUUAUUACUUUGAGGAUCAAAAUCACAAAAACCGGUGGCUUCUCAAAUUUGUCACGGCAAGAUAUUGAGCUUUACCAAAAAAUGCCUUCAGACAUGUGGAGGAUUGCUCCUGUUUUGAUAUUGUCUGCAGUUCCAUUUGGAAACUAUGUGAUAUUUCCAUUAGCGUUUUUAAAGCCAAAGAAAUUAUUAUGUUCACAUUUUUGGUCUAUACAACAAAGGGCUGAAUUCUCAACUGAAGAUCUGAAAGAUCGCCUUAAGUAUAACAAGCCAGUAUUUCGUGCUCUUCAAGCUAAAGCUGAUCUCAUUCUGCCAGGAGAAACGAAGGAACAUUGGGAAAGGAUUCUUGCAUUGCUGGGAUCUGGUGUCCAUCCCACUGCUGAAGAAGUUCUAAGAUGUAAAGAUUUGUUUAGAAAAGAACCAUACAGUCUUCCGAACCUAUCAUAUGCACACAUGGGCUAUUUACUCAAGAUGUAUGGACUACGACGAAGUUUAUUAAGAAGGAAAAAAUUAAAAUACAGAGCAUUGUUAUUAUUCGAAAUGGAUAAAGCGAUUGUGAGAGAGGGUGGUGUAGAAAGUUUAAGUACGGAUUCUUUACGAAAUGCAUGUCAAAUCCGAGGAUUAAAUAGUAGUCAUUUAAGCAACCAAGACAUGAGAGAUUGGCUUCAACAGUGGCUCCAUGUAUCACAGUAUAUAGAUUCAAGUACAUAUUCAUUGUUACUUCACUGUCCAAUAUUUUUUGCAUAUAAUCAUCCACAAAAUUGGGUCCUUAUUUAUUAGUUUUCAUAACUUAAAUAAAAAUUAUCAUAAUUGAUUGUUUUGGCUUAGCUCAUCAUUGUGCUUUAUUUGCAAAAUUACACGUUACGUUUGCACUUCUGUUUAUAUGUUUACGUUAAAUGUUAUAAUAAUAUAAUAUUGUUUGAUUGCUUUGAGCGUCGCAACCAAGAUCUUGCAUUAUAAGAUGCAGACCUAUUAUACAUAUUUCUCUCUUAAGUAAUUACUAUCUGUCCAAGUUAAUGUGAUAAUAAUUUGCAAUCUAAUUUGAUGUUAUUAUAAUUAUUUCUGUGUAAAAGUAUUUUAUUUUUACUAAAUAAUUUAUUUUUUUAGUUUUAAUUUAGAUUUAAAGUAUGUAUUGUACCUACUUAAUCAUUAUGAUCUGAAAUUUUUAUGCCUGUAUUCAACUUAAUGCUACUCUCUUUUUGUUCAUUUCUUGAUUUAUUUUCUGGUCUUAAAAUCUAUCCCUCCAUUGUAACUUGUAUGUGAGACUAGGCUGCUUUAUUAGUAUUUCUAGAGAUUUUGAUAACAUAAAGUAAAAGGGGUAGUUGGCAAAGAAUAGACAAUGACUAACAGAUAUACCUGCAUGUAUUUGUUUUUUUUUAAAUCUUGUUCACUUCUCAUUGUAACGAAUAUUUAACAGUAGUAAAUGUUUCUUAUUCGCACAUGAAAAAGUUAAUUAUAUCACUAUUACUAAUACGUGGCACGUCUUACUGCAGGACUUGGGUGUUUUGUUUAAGAUCUACAGUCUAUCGACACUAUCUAAUAGAUGGUUUCUGAACACAAUUUUCUUUCACAGGACUUUCUGGAUCAAUUUUGCCUUUCUAGCAUCUUGGGACCCCAUUUCCUAUCGGUUCUUCAUUAGCUUCGCAACUCUGAGCUAUAGCAGUCAAAUUGCUUUUGCUACGUGUAAUCCUUGGAUUUCUUUAUGUUCUUGAUCAAUGAUGUCACAGAAAAACUACUUAUAUAAAUAAUUUUUGCUUAUUGCAGUGUGCAGUUUAGUUUUUUAGGCCAAUUUUUGCUUCCCCAAAGACACAAAAAUAUAUUUAUUAAAUGUUGUUACACUUGUCUGUUAAUAUUUUGUAAACAAUAAAUUAUU